CAUUAUUAUUAUUUUUAAUGAAAACAAUAUUUCUUAUCACUUUAAUUGUUUUUUAUACCAAUUGCAGUCUUGAAACUAUAGGAUUGAGACACAAAUUAUCCAAAAUUAUUUAAGAACAUUAAUAAAGUCUUUAAUAAGAUAAAUAAAUGUCAGGAGGAUGGAUCAAAGUAAUUAAUUUUUAAAUAUCUAAAGUAACCAUUAGAAGAAUUUGAACAACAAAACAAUAAUAUCAUAAAAUCAUCUUAAUUUGCUGUAGAAGAAAAGUUUAAUUUAUCAUAAGAUGAAUAUCAAUAUGAAAAGUUGCUUUAGGUUACUACUUAAGUAGUUGCAGGAAUCAAUUAUAAAGUUCUUUUCUAAUAUGAAAAAGAUGAUGUUAAAAGAAUUUUUGAAGUUUAAUAAUAUAUUGUGUAAUUUACAUCUUUUAAAUUAGUCCAUGGAAUCCAUCAGCUAACUCUAUUACCAAAGUAGAAGAAAUAAUAUCAUCAAACCAAUGA